AUGUCUGAAAUUAACGUGAUCAAAAGAGGAAGAGGAAGAGUACUAAUGUUAAAUGGUUACCAGUAUUAUAAAUUAAAAAACAAAUGCACUGGAUCGGUAACCAUUAGGGAUAAGAAAGAAGUGAAAGCAACACCACACAUAAUAACAUGUGCUCAAGACUUUGCUAAAAAUGAGAUAGACCUAAAGUUUUACGAAUGUAAGAAAAAAGUUAGUGAAGACUCGAUAUCAGUGACUAGAGUCUACAAAAAUGCAGUAAGUUCAUUGGAAAAUGGAGGUAUUAACUUCAUUAAUAAAUUACCGAAAUUCGGAGAUGUAAAGUCAACGUUAUACCGAUAUGGCAAUAAGGAGUUAGGUGUUGAAAAACUAUACCACAAAACGUUUGCUGACGUUGAGGUGCCGUCCAAAUUUGAUUCAUUUCUACUGGCUGAUUACUUUCGCGAUGACGGUGCAAGAAUUUUAGUAUUUAAAUCUAGGGAUGCAAGGAAAACUAUGGCUGAAAAACAGCAAUAUCUCAGUGAUGGCACAUUUGAAAUAACCCCGUUACCCUUUCUUCAGUUGUAUACCAUUCAUUGCGAUCUAGAUAUUUCUCAGCAAACUACAAACAUAAUACCCGUUAUUUAUGCCUUCCUCCCAGACAAAAGAACUGAACCUUACAUAACAUUAUUACAAUUAAUAAAAAGUCAGAUACCUAACUGGGAACCUACGCAAUUUAAAACUGAUUAUGAGGACGCUAUGAUGAAAGCUUUACGAACCGUUUUUCCUAAAAUAUUAAUAAGCGGAUGCUACUUUCACUAUUGUGAGACUCUAAAAAGAAAAGCAAAAUCUCUCAAAUUAAAGACAUACAGAAUAUUAUCGCUUUGCAAAAUGCUGCCACUUCUACCCGAAGAACGGAUUUUAGAUGGUUGGAGUUAUAUAUAUAUAUUGAAUGAGAUGGAGGAACACAAUGAUAUGCAAGCGAUGCACGCAUCAUAUCAUAAGGUGCGCAGCAUCCAAAUAAAAAACAAUUUAAAUUUAAAUAAACGACACAAAAAGCAUAUUCAACGUGACCAGUUUAUCCAUAACACUCAACUGCAACUUAUUAAUGAUGAGAUAAGCGUUGGACAUUUCUUAGAAAAGUUACGUAGAUGA